ACCAAGGUUAUAUUUUAUAAAUACCCUUUUAAACUUUGUUUUUAAUGGUUAUUGAAAUUGCUGGAAAAAAUGGCGAAAAUGUCCAUAAUUUGUUUUGUUGCUAUAUUAUUAGGAAAUGUGCCUAUCAGUAAUGGAGCAAGCAAUACUUGGUCAUACGAAGAGGGAUCAGACGGCCCAUCCUCUUGGAAAUCUAAUUAUCCCAUCUGCGAUGAUCGGGCCCAGUCUCCCAUUGAUCUCCCUCCCAUCGCCAGCAUGACGUAUGAUAGCCAACUGAUGCCAUUCCGCCUUCACGAUUUCGAUAAACCAGGCUCCAUGUACAACCUGUCAAUGAAAAACAACGGACAUACUGUGAAAGUGGAUGUGGAAGAUAAUGCCUCUGUGAUGAUUUCUGGUGGAGGAUUGGUUCACUCCACGUAUAAAGUGGCACAGUUCCACUUCCACUGGGGUAGUAACAACACUAAAGGCUCGGAGCAUACAUACAACGGGAUUUCUUAUCCAAUGGAGCUUCACAUUGUGACGUACGACAGUCGUUAUAAUAACAUAAAUGAAGCCGCUGACAAGCACACAGGACUGGCCGUCCUUGGUUUCUUCUUCGAAAUAAAUGACGAUACCAACUGUAACUAUUCUCCGUUAGUGGAUGCCAUGACGAAUGUGGAAGUUAACAAUGGGAACAGUUUCAAAUUUCCUGGUUUUAAGCUGCGGCAUCUGAUGCCAAUGAUGUUCGGACAAUACUUCCGGUACGAAGGCAGUUUAACCACGCCCCCUUGCUAUCAAUCAGUACAGUGGACUGUAUUUUGGAAAAAGAUCCCCAUCUCUUCUGCUCAGAUGGAGAAGUUCAGAAAGUUAUAUACAGAUUCCAGCAAAGCUCACUCUUUGUCCAAUAACUACAGACCUAUACAGGCUCUGAAUGGCCGAACAAUUAGGACAAACAUGAAACUUCCGGAGACUACUUCCGGUUCAUCAAAUGUGUUCAACAACAUUUUGUCAUUCAUUCUUGUAUCAAUAUUAGUGUUCAAGUAUUUGUUUUAACUUUAUUGUUGAUAUGUGAGAAAUGUUUUCAAAGUUCUUAUAACAGUGUUCGUGUUCGGCUGCAAUAUAUAGGUCACUUAAAGACAUCAUUUACGAAAAAUAAUCACUUAACAUCUUGUAAAGUUUUCGAGUAAGUUUAGGACAAGAAUGAGGUCUUAACUUCUAGAUCGCAUUCACUGAUGAUAAAAUCAAACUAGGGCAAAUUCAGUUUUUAUUAACAUAAUUAUAAUAAAGAGGAGUUUAAUAAUCAUUAUGAUGCCCUAGAUACAUAUAUUAUCAAUUUAACGAGGAGUGUUACUAUAGGCUAGAUUACAUUAACGCAAGUGUUCUUUAACACGCCAGUAAUGUAUACAAAUUGAUUCAAUUCAAAAAAUACAAAACUAAUAAAAGAAUAAUAUUUUUUUAAGAUCAUUGAAAUGGAUGCCUGUGAUAUUUGACUAAAUUUUGACAAGAAUAGUGUUUAUGACAAAGAUGCUAAGUUGCGGGCAGCUAAGGUAUUUUAUCUUAUAUUUUAUCAGUUUAUAGAGUUUUCUAUCUUUAGGAUGAUUUUAGAAGAUUAUUUUUGAGUCAGUUCUCCCCAAGAUACGCCUAAUAUGUAUAUCAGCAAUUGUAAACAUAGCUGUACUGUUUUUUUUUUUUUAAAGUAAAUUAUAAAAUUCAAUACUGUAAUUCAGGAAAUGUGUGAUGAAACACUAUUAUUUAUAAUGAUAUAUGAAUUUUGCAAACUUAUUUUUUAUUUUGUUUUUUUAUAUUAUUGACUUAAGAUAUAGAGGGUACAUUGCAUAAUAAUAUGCUCCUUCUACAUUUAUUUGAUAAAAAGCAUACAUUU